CGGGCGGCUCGGGGAACACAUCCAGCUGUUGCACUUGCGCAUCGUUACCUUUAAGAUGUUCGGGGAUAAAAACUCGUUUCAGCCGAACUCGACACCAUCUUAGCGGCGGGGACAGUUUGCUGCGUCCGGCCCUCACGCUCCGGGUGACCGGGGAGUGUUCCCACCGAGGCACCGGUGAGCUGCUCCGCGGAAGCCGAGUUGGGAGGAAAUAACGUCCGGGAUGGUUCAGUAAAUGUCGGGUUUCAUUAUCUGUCGGCCUACCGAGCAGAGGCGGCGGCGGCGGGGGCGAGAGGGACGCGACGAGCGGGGAGGAGGAGACGGGUCGAGCCGGAGAGGAGGGAGCCAUCAGCCCAUACUUUCCCUUUAAAGCGCAGAGGGACAGAGGGGGUGAAGAAGGGAUAAAAAAAGAAAAGGACGAGGAGGGAGGGCGAGGGCCCGAAAAAAAGAGAAAGAUGUCAUCCUGUCGAUUCAAACACCGAGGCGGAGCCACGGACCGCGGCCGACCAGCAGCGCUGUAGCUCGGGGACGAGCUGUACGCAACGCCGAGGCCUGGACCGCGACAGCCGAGGCCUUUUCGGAGCUUUGGCCAAAUAAAGGAACGAGCAGCUGGUUUCCUCCAUCUUCUUUAUUCAGCAGCUCAUGUGCUGCAUGUCAUCAGUUACUUCAACCAUUAAAGCAUGAGGCCAACAUCUGCACAGAAGCCUCCAGUCAUUUAGACAAUAAGUCAUCAGUGGUAAUUAGCUGGAGCUAAGGCUCAUUAAGCGGAGACAGGCCGCGGCUCCUGUUCUCUCCCCCGUGGACGGAGCUUCUCCUCCCGCCCCCUGUGAGCUCCCUGCCCGGGGAGCUGCUCUCCUGCAGGAUGGACACGUCCUGGAGCAACUUCCUCUUUCAGACGCCAUCGACUCAGAGCCAACCUGAGACGCCUCUUCAGUCGGAGCUGCUGCCCGAGCUGACGGGCUCGGCUCAGAGUCCCGCUGAACACAUCGUGACGCCGCCGUCCACCGUGGACACCGCCGCCCUGAGCGAGGAGCCGCUACCUGUCAAACCGCUCGUCAAGCCGAGCCGCCCGGCGCACAUCUGCGCCACCUGCAACAAGGAGUUCAAGAACAGCUACAACCUGCGGCGCCACCAGUCGGUGCACACGGGCAUCAGGAUGAAGGACCGCCCCGCCCGUGAGAAGGAGGACGGGGGGAAGGGGGGAGGGAGGGUGGAGAAGCAGACGGUUCCGCUCUCCCUCCUUCAGCUCACCCUGCCCCUGCAGCCGCCUCCUCCCCCCGCCGCAGCCACCGGUGCGGACACCAUCCCCCAGCCCGGUCUUCACGCCAACCAGGAGAGCCAGCCUGUCUCUGUGUCCAUCGCCCCAGCAACCGUAACCAUGGCAGCACCGCCACAACCCAUCCAGGCAGCUGUUGUCGUUGUCGGGUCCAUGGAGCAGAAUCCUAAUCCCAAUCCCAGCACCAACCAGGUGAGGAAGAACCACGCGUGCGAGGCCUGUGGAAAGGCCUUCAGAGACGUCUACCACCUGAACCGUCACCGCCUGUCGCACUCUGACGAGAAACCCUACUCCUGCCCCAUCUGCCAGCAGCGCUUCAAGAGGAAAGACCGCAUGAGUUAUCACGUGCGCUCGCAUCAAGGUGGCGUGGAGAAACCUUACAUCUGUCCACACUGCGCCAAGGCCUUCUCCAGACCGGACCACCUCAACAGUCACGUUCGACAGGUUCACUCCACAGAGAGACCCUUCAAGUGCACGACGUGCACAUCAGCGUUUGCUACGCGGGAUCGUCUCCGGGCUCAUCUGAUCCGUCACGAGGAGAAGGUGCCGUGUCACAUCUGUGGGAAGCUGCUGUCGGCCGCCUACAUCACCGACCACAUGAGGGUCCACAACCAGUCGCAGCAUCACGCCUGUCACCUGUGCAACCGCAGCUUCACCACCCUCACCUACCUGCGUGUCCACGCUCAGAAGCACCACGGUCAGGAGUGGAAGGAGAGCGGCGGGGCGCGGGGGGGGUUCGGUGGGACGGGGGCCGGCGGGGUGCUGCUCUGCCAGCUGUGCGGCGUGCAGUGCAAGACCACCACGCAACUCCAGGGUCACAUGGGCACUCACGCCAACCAGGGCGACCACGGCACUGACCCGACCAGCUCGGGCCCCGUUGGCACCACCAGUGUGGCGGUCACUGUGACCAGUGCUGCGAGCACAGUGGGACUGCUGGUAACUGACUGCUCCAGUAUCGCCCCUCAGCCUCACAGCUAG